UCCUUUCCACUCUUUAUCUAAAUCUGUUAUACUUUCAUGUAUUAAAAGCCUUUAAUUUUCUGAUUCUGAUAAUUUUUUGAAAUUUUAUUAUGAGCAAUUCUGCAAACAGAAAAACGACAAAAUCACACACUGAAAUUAAGCAGACCCAAAGACUAUACAACUCAAUGUCCUUCUAUACAGUUAGAGUUAUCACAGAGGACAGAAACUCUGGAACCUCACAAGGGAUUUUAUAUUUUCACAAUUGAAUCUAUUUUGAUUUUCUUAUCUACCACCAAAGCCCUAAAAACCUUUGACAGAAUUAGAACUAGAAAAGCACUUUGCUUUAUAUCCUUUUUCAUAAUGGGUAUUCAUUACCUGCAUUCAGUCCCUUAUAAUUUAAUCUUUCCUGUUCUCAUUUGUUCAUGUUAUUCUGUGCCCCCAUGUACAUUGUUUUUAUAUACAUAUAUUAUUGGGUAGAUUCUGCAUAUGAGUGAAAACGUGGUGUCUUCUUUCUAAAAUUUUAUGACCGUACUUAAUAUUACACAUUUUGUGUCUCUCCAUUUUCCUGCAAAUUUUUAUUUUAUUUUUUCUAUUGCUGAAUUGUCCUCAAUUUUAUACAAUUUUCAUUAUCCAUUCAUCUGUUGAUAGAUAAUUAGUUUGAUUCCAGUACUUUUCCUUUGGUGAUUAAAACAGCAUUAAUCAUGUGGUAUAAAUAUCUCUGUAGUGAAGUGUGUUGUUCUCUGAGUAUAUGGCCAGAAGUGAAAGUACUAGGUCAUACGUAAAUGGGAUUAUAUUGCUAGCAAAUCCAUAGAGCAUGCUUAAUGAUAAAAGGAAUUUAUUUGGGUUUCAUGAAAUUAAUUCAAUAGACUACUUAUCUUAGAUGUUAAUGUUCAAAUGAUAAUAUGUAGUGCUGUUACAAUCCUUGCCACUGUGAAAAUAAACAAAACUCUUUGUCUACAAAAUCAACCAUAUAUUCUGUCUUCUAUACCUCCAACUUCACAGUUUAAUUUAUGUCAUUGUACUUAGAAUUUAAACAUCCCAACUGAGCCUGUUAGAAUAGAGUCAUGUAAGGCCCCAUUUCACACAUGAUUUAUUUGCAUCAGUAUUUUAGCAUGAUCUAUAACAUUUAAAGCACAUUCCUCAUCAUGAAUUUUCCUUCUGAGACAUGUCUGCUGUGAUCUUGUGUAACAUAAAUACAGAAUCCACAACAGAUAGAUAACCAUGUCCAGACCUUAUAUGUAUUUCUUGUUUCAUGUAUACUGCUUGUAAGACUAUUGUCUCAUCUUGUUUUGACAGAGUUAGAACAUUCAUGAUAGAAUGUGACUAUAUUGGAAAUCAUCUUUUUGAGUAAUUAUCUUUGCUCAUCUACAUUUCAUUCCCUUAUAUCCAGGAAAGUAAUUGCAAGUAGCACAUGCUGAAACCACAAUUUUUGUUUCAGGGUCUGUUGACAUUCAGGGAUGUAGCUGUGCACUUCCCCCAGGAGGAGUGGGAAUCCCUAGACUGUGCUCAGAGGGCUUUGUACAUUGAUGUGAUGUUGGAGAAUUACAACAACCUGGUCUUUGUGGAGAACUAUUGCAAAUGUGAUCCUGACCAUCAACAUGUGAAGACGGAGAAGGAGUCUUGUCAGUGUAAUGAGCUUGUCAAGGUGCUUCAUGACCUCUCUACAUGUAUACUUUAUAAAACAUGUGAAACUACAGCAAACUCUAAUAACUACACAUGUAGUAACAACAGGGAUGCCUCUACUGACUCAUCAAACCUAGAUAGACAUGAAAACAUGCACACUGAAGAAGAACCUUGCAAAUCUGAAGACCAUGAGAAAUCUUUAAAUUUGUGUUCCAACGUUACUCAAGAUCAAAGAUUCUACACUGCAAAGAAGGAGCACAGGCAGGUAGAAUAUGAUGACUAUUUUGUCUCUGCAUACGGUCUUUUGCAACAAGCAAUUCGAGCGACACUACACCAAUGUGGGAAAUGCAGGAAAUGCUUCAGGACUGCCUCAAACCUCACUGAACAUGAGAGAAUUCAUACUGGAAUUAAACCCUACAAGUGCAAUGUUUUUGAAACAUCCUUUACCCAGCUUUCAAGUCUUAAUAUACAUCAAAGACUUCAUACUGGGGAGAAACCUUACAAAUGCAAAGAAUGUGGAAAGUCAUUUCCUCAGUUGUCAGCAUUUCAUAGCCAUCUGAAAUUGCAUAAUGGAGAGAAACCUUACAAAUAUAAGAAAUGUGACAAAUCCCUUGCUCAGUCUUCUACUCUCAAGAAACAUCAGAAAAUGCAAAUUGUUGGGAGACAUUAUAUUUGUCAAGAAUGUGGCAAAGUCUCUCAUAGUUCUUCACACUUCCAAGAUCAUUCCAGAGUCCAUACUGGAGAAAAGCCUUUCAAAUGCAAUGAGUGUGGCAGAUCCUUUCCCCACUAUUCAUCAUUGAGUAGGCAUAGGAAAACUCAUUAUCCAGAGCAAUUAGACAAAUGUAAAGAAUGUGGUAAGUCCUUUCUUGAAUUAUCACAUCUUAAAACUCAUUACAGAAUCCAUACUGGUGAAAAGCCUUUCAAAUGUAAGGAAUGUAACAAAUCCUUUACCCACCACUCAACCCUUAAAAAACACCAGAGUGUUCACACUGGGGAGAAGCCUUACAAAUGUACGGAAUGUGACAAGUCUUAUACUAGAUACUCAUCUCUUAGAGCACAUCAGAAAAUUCAUACUGUAGAGAAACCUCACAAAUGCAAAGACUGUGACAUUUCCUUUAUCAAUCUUACAAGUCUUACAAAACAUCAGGGAGUUCAUUCUGGAGAGAGACCUUACAGAUGUGAGGAAUGUGACAAAUCCUUUACCAGUGUCACAGUUCUUAAAAGACAUCAGAUAGUUCAUACUGGGGAGAAACCUUACAAUUGUAUGGAAUGUGACAAGUCCUUUACGCAGGAGUCAAAUCUUAGAAGACACCUGAGGGUUCAUACUGGAGAGAGACCUUACAAUUGUAAGGAAUGUGACAAAUCCUUUACUAGGUGCUCCUACCUCAGAGCACAUCAGAAAAUUCAUAACGGAGAGAAACCAUACAAAUGCGAAGACUGACACAUCCUUUAUCCGGAAGACAUUAGAAAAUUCAUACUGGAGAGAAACAUACCAUUGUAAAUAAUGUGACAUAUCAUUUUGCAGUAUUCUUUGCUUACAAAUCAACAGUAUAGAAAAUUGAAACAUAAAGAUCACAAACUUGUGAGAGUCCGUAAUGAAGAUUUAAAUUUUAAAAAAUAUCCUAGAAUUUAUAUUAAAAUGUUGCAAAUGUAACAGUGGGAAACUUUGUAUUUCUUUUAAUGUGUAUGCAUGCUUUGCCUGCAAGUGUGUCUGUGUACUACAUGUAUGAUUGGUGCACACAGGGGACAGAAGGGGCCAUCAGAUCCCCUGAAGCUGGAGUUAAAGACCAUUGUGAACUAUCAUUCAUGUGUUGGGAACUGAACCUAGGUCCUCUCAAAGAGCAACCAGUGUUCUUACUCACUAAGUAAAGUCUCCAACCCCUGGUUAAAAAAAAAAAAAUGUAAUAAACACAAUUUAUCUUGUUCACCAUCCAAAAAUUUAUAAUGCUAGAUAUAGUGGUGCACUCCUUUAUUUCCAGCACUCAGGAGCUGAGGCAGAAAGAUCUCUGUGAGUUGGAGGACAUCAUCUACAAGUAUGUUUACAACUUGAGUUUCAACAAGAGUAUGUUACAACAAGAGUUCCGGUACAGCUAGGACUACAUAAACUGUUUGUCAAAAAAAAAAAUUCUAAUAGAGUCAGAUAAAAAAAUAUGACAAAACCUUUAGUUUUCUCUCUAAUUGUGCUGUACAUCACAAAAUUCAUACUUCUGAGAAUCCAUGUAAAGGUAGAGAGUAUAUACUCUUUCUGUCCAUUGGAAAUUACACCUCCCCAAAUGCAUUAAAUUAGACAAACCCUUUAUAUAGUGCUGAAA